AUGUCUGCAGAAGAUGAAGUGGUGGAUAUUCAGGGUCUCUCAAUCCAAGAACAGUGUAAAAUGGAGGGAACUUGUACGGCAGCACCAGAGGACAUUAACCAAGUUAUGGCUGAGACUAACAAUACUAACAACAAUAAUCAUCAUGGUUUUUGUGCAAUAUGUUUGAAUAAGAUAGUUCUUGCAGAAACUGCCCUCAUAAAAGGUUGCGAGCAUGCCUACUGUGUCACAUGCAUCCUGCGAUGGGCCUCUUACAAAAAGGAACCUACAUGUCCGCAGUGUAAAAAUCCGUUCGAGUUUCUGAAUAUCCACCGCUCACUAGACGGAUGCAUACACGAUUACAUGUUUGAAGAGAGUGUCUGCCUCCUCCUAAGAGCCUCAUGGUUCAAGCCUUUGAUUGUGGUGGAACGAGAAGAGGUGUAUGUAGAAGUCGAAGAUUAUUAUUACGAGGACGAGGACGCGGAUGAAGAUAUCUUCUUGGGUAGUUCCUCUAGUCUCCGCAUUGGUAAUCGAAGAUGGGGAGACAACGGGUAUGUUAGGGGAGGAAGGCAAGAAGCACGACCAAUUUCUCGACCAAACUUUCAGGAUUCCGGUGCUGGCCCAUCUCGUCAGCCGAAGAAGAAAGAAGCUGCUGCUGCUAAAGAAACUGUUGGCCGACGUGCAAAACGGGCCCUGAAGCGUGAAGCUGCCGACAAGGCAGCCGCUGCAAAGCAUCAGCAUCAUUUGGUUCGGUUAGGUCGCACCUGA